AGAAAAAUAAAAUUCUAAUACUUAAAUUCAAUUUUCAUUGAAUAUGGUAUAUACAUAAUAAUUCAAAAAAAUUCAUAACCUGUUUCUGUUAUAAACAGAAGCCGGUUCAAUAAUAACUUUACAUAGUGAAAAAAAACAAUAAAGAAUGUCACAUAUUAUUGCACAUGAUAUAAAUAAAAAACCACGAACAAAGGAUAUUAAAAUACAAGAUGAUGUUACAUUUUUUCAAAUGGGAUUUUCUCAAAAAAUUUUGGAUGGAUUAUCUGUUUGUGGUUUCCAAAGACCUUCACCUAUUCAACUAAAAGCAAUUCCAUUGGGAAGAUGUGGUUUUGACUUAAUAAUGCGUGCUAAAUCAGGCACUGGAAAAACUUUAGUAUUUUGUAUAAUAUCACUUGAAAUGAUUGAUAUAGAUAUAUCAUCUGUACAAGUAUUAAUAUUAGCACCUACUAGAGAAAUUGCUGUUCAAAUUGCACAAGUUUUUUCAUCUGUUGGUUGUGAAAUAAAAGAUUUAAAAGUUGAAGUAUUUAUAGGGGGACUAGCUAUAGAGAAUGAUAAGAAAAAAGUAAACAAUUGUCAGAUAGCUGUUGGUGCUCCAGGGAGGAUUAGACAUUUAAUUGAUAAAGGAUUUUUAAAAGUUGAAAAUGUUAGAUUAUUUGUCCUUGAUGAAGCAGACAAAUUGAUGGAAACAAGUUUUCAAAAAGAUAUUAACUACAUCUUUUCAAAAUUACCAUUAAGUAAACAAGUUAUAGCAUCAAGUGCUACUUAUCCAGGAGAUUUAGAAAUAUUUUUACAGACAUACAUGUGUUCUCCUGUUUUAGUGUCUCCAAACAAUAAUGAACCAAUCCUUAUUGGACUUAGACAAUUUGUAACAAUUGUUCCUUCUCAUCCAAAUGCUAUGAAACAGGUUCAAAUAAAAGUAGAUGAAUUAAUAAAAAUAUUUAACAAAGUUCCAUUUAAACAAAGUUUAGUUUUUUCAAAUUAUCAAUCAAGAGCUCAAUCUGUAUGUAACAAGAUUAAUUCUAUAGGUUUUACAGCAACUUUUAUUGCUGGAAAUCAAAACAUGAAUAAAAGACUUGAGGCAAUUAAUAAAUUAAAGACUUUUAAAUGCAAAAUAAUGUUAACAACUGAUUUAACUGCAAGAGGUAUAGAUGCAGAUAAUGUAAAUUUAGUUGUAAAUCUUGAUUUACCUACAGAUGCUCCAACAUAUUUGCAUAGAAUAGGAAGAGCUGGCCGUUAUGGAUCUUAUGGUAUCUCUAUAACAAUAAUUGCAGAAAAUGAAAUAGAAACAUUAAAACAAUUACUAACUUCUGUUGGAGGACCAAAUUUCUAUCUAUUGAAACUUCCAUUAAAUUAUCCAAAUAAUAUUUGGGCUACUUCCAUUACAGAAUUUGAAAAACUUUAUGCAAAAUCUAAUAUUAAUGAUGAAAAUCAUUUUGACAUUAAACCUGUCAUUAAAGCUAUAAGUGAUUUGUCUAUAACUAGUGUUAAUUCAUUAAAUAAUGUAAAAUCGGAAGUUAGUAAGACAACUGAUGAUGUAAAUAAAGAAGUUGUAAAUAGGAUGCAAUUUUCUAAUAUAGAAGAAAUGGAGAAUAAUAUAAUUAAAAAUGUUAAUAAUUUAUAUAAUCUUUCACAUUUAAAAAAUAUGCCUAAUGUACAAAAUAAAAUAAAAGUUAGUUCUCUAUUUGUGCCAAGUACUAAUUUAAUAGAUGAAUUUCAAUAUAUUAAAGAAGAUAAAAAAGAGAAUACAACUACUGUAUCGUAUAAUUUAUCUAAACCUAAAGUUGUACAUAUUUUUACAUUAAAUUUUCCGAUAAAUAAUUCCUCUAACUGGCAAAAACAUAAUGAAAAUGUAAUAUUUGAAGUUGAUUUAUCAAAUGUACAAGAUGAUAUAUCAGAAUCUAAUAUUGAUAUGAUUAUUGAGCGUGUAAAAUAUAAUUUUCAAAGCAAAAAUAUAGAAGAAAAUAUAGAAGAUUCUUUAUGUUUUAAUUAUAUAAAUACUGAUGUGUAUUCGGAAAAUAGAAUUUCUAAUAUUAUUCAUGAUAAAAUACAUCAAUUAGAUUCAACACAAGAAAUUCAUCACAUUGAAAAUAGUAAUAUAACUGAAUCAAAUAAUAUUCAAGAUAGAGCAAAUGCUUUUAUUUUAGAAGAAUUAAAUCUUUGUCUUUCAAACAUAGAAAAUUUUAAUAUAUUUUAUGAUGAAGUAAAUUCAAAUGAUGAGGAAAUAUUAUUAAAACAAGCAUUUGAUUGGAAACAAAAACUUGAUUUUGAAAUUAAAUUAUUAAAUAAUACAAUGAAAUUUAUAAAAGAAUCAAUUCAAAAAUUUAUAUAUCAAAAACAUAUUGAAAUGAUUAAAAUAUUUUACAAAAUACAAAAACAAGCUCUCUUGUGUAUUUAUCCAGAAAUACGUAACGAUAAUGAAAUUAAUGAUACUUAUUUAUAUUUUACAACUUCUUUAGAUGAAAAUAUAAUAGAAAUGUACAAAGAAAUAGAAAAUUUCAAAAGUUAUAAUCGAAAAUCUGGAGAAAAGUUUAAUGCAUAUUUUCCAUUUCCUCUUAAAUUAGAUUCAUAUAUGCCGAAUCUUAUGAUUUCUAAAACAGAUAUGAAAUAUUAUCAUAAUGCAUUACAAUAUUUAUAUUCAAAUCCUUGUGUUAGAGAAAAUUUAUUGCAAAUAUCAAGUUUAGUAGCAUUCAUUGAUGAAACUAAAAAAUUUAAUUUGAUACAAAAAUUAGAAAUUUUGAAAAACUCUUCAUUUGAUGAAUUAUUGAUGGUAAUACAAAAUGAAUUGCAGAAUAAAGAAUCAAGUAAAAAUAAAUGUAUAGAAGAGAAGGUCAAGUUAUUAAGACAUUACAAUGACACAAAUCAAGAUGAAAAUAUUACUAAUGUACAAGAUAUCUUAGAUAAUUCAUUAUUUGAUACUCAAAAUAUAAAUAAUUCUACAGAAAAAGAAAAUGAAUGUGAUGAUGUGAAGUGGGACAAAAUAAGUACCAAUUAUAAUUCUGACAAUUCUAAUAAUUCUAAUAAUUCUAAUAAUUCUAAUAAUUCUAAUAAUUCUAAUAAUUCAAUAUCAGUUGAAUUAGCUUUAAAUGAUUUAUUUAAAGUACAAAAAUUUAAAAGUUCUGAAAGUUAUAAUUCUUGUAGCAGUGUUUCAAGUACUUUUUCUAGUGAAAAUGAUAUUGUUAAGCAACAUAGAUCCAAUAAAAAAAUAUAUACAAAAAAUAAAUUUUAUAAACGAAAGAAGAUUCAGAAACAAGAAAAUAGUACUAAAGACAAAGAAAAAUUUUUACAUAAAAUAACCACAUUUCAUUCAAAUAAUAUGCAAUGUAACGAAGCUAAUAGAUUACUUGAUAAUAACAACAUAUAUGAAAAACAAUUUAAACCACAGAUACAAUUAGAUUUAUCAUCCAAUUCAAUGACAGAUUAUUUAAAUUUAUCUUUAAUAAAAACAAAUUUAUGUACAAAAAAUAUUAAAAAUACAGAUUAUAUAUCAUCUAAUUGUCAAGACUCAUGUAUAGAUACAUUACAAAACUCUAGUUCUGUCCCUAAAUUUUAUGAAUAUCCAAAACAUAGUUUACAUAAUUCUAUAUCUACAUCUUUGAUAAAAAAUGUACCUCAAAGACAUUCAGACAAUGAAAUUCCAACAAUUAAUAUUUGUAAGAUUAAUCACAUAGAACAAAAAAAAUUAGAAAAGCCGGUAAAUAUACAAUGUCAUACUCCUUUAUAUAAUUAUAUGUCUAAUGUUUCCAGACAUUCGUCAAAUUGUAUUUUUUCAGAGAAUGCACUUAAUUCUUAUCAUUUUUUAAGUAAAAAUAUUAAUGAAAUGGAAAUUGAUCAAUUUUUAUUUUCACUAAGAACGGAAACAAAUCGAUUGCAUUUAGAACUUUAUAAUUCUGAAAUGCUUUAUAAUUCAAUGCAAAAUCAUAAUUGA